CUGCUGCUGCUGUUGUUGUUGUUGCUUUCCAGGUGCCAUGAAAUUGUCAGAUGCCAAACGGUUUUCCCAGAGAUUAUCAGAGAUUGCAAGAUGGAGCAAAGUCUGGCAACUGAUCCAAGAAAGUGACUGCGACCCUUGUACUGAACCACCUGAUCUUGACCCUAACAGUGACCUUGAACCUGAGGUUGACCCCAAGGUCAGAGAGUUCCUGAUGGAGCGGUCUAUCCUCAAGGUUCAUCUGCCCAAUGGAGGGUUUAACAUGGUGAAAUAUGGAGAUGCAACAGAUGUUAAGGACAUAAUCAAACUUGUGGUGGGGAGGCUUGCUGCAGGAGAAGGUUUUUAUGGGGGCUGCUACGCCCUACGGCUGGUGCACGCAGUCACCAGGGAAGCCUUCUGGUUGCAUAAUGACCUUACUAUGUACCAGGUGCUACAGAAAUAUGAGGUGCUACAUCCCCAUGAGGAAUGGAGGUACGAAUUGCGGGUUCGCUACCUGCCUCCCAGCUUCCAUGAACUUAGCCGAGAUAAGGUCACCUUCUACUACCUCUAUGAUCAGGUGCGGAAUGACUACAUGCGAGAUGUGGCAGAGAGAGCAGACCCUGAGAAAAAUCGUCUUGGGUGUCUGGAAAUGAGGAGAUUUUUUAAAGACAUGCCACAGGUGGCUUUGGACAAGAAGUCCAAUUUUGAAUAUUUAGAAAAAGAAGUCGGACUCAAACGAUUCCUUCCAAAAUCUUUAAUAGACAGUUAUAAGCCAAAACAGUUGCGGAAAGCUAUUCAGCAACAUUUCAAACAGUAUGCCAAUCUCUCAGAGUCAGAAUGUGUGUAUAAUUUUUUUGAUGAAUUGUCAACAGUGUAUGAAUUCAAACAGGAGAGGUUCAAAUGUGCUCUUGGGUCUGGAUGGAGUGUGUCUGUUGACUUGGUUGUUGGCCCUGAUGUCGGGAUCAGUUAUCUAACAGAAAAAGCACUGACGCCGACCCACAUGGCAGAUUUCACCCAAGUCCAGUCAAUACAGACGCAUGCAUUGGAAGGUGACCAAAAAGGUGUUCUCCAAUUAAAAAUAGCUGGGGCAUCCGAGCCGUUGACGAUCACUUGCUUCUCAUUGAUGGAUGCAGAGGAUAUUGCUGACCUCAUUGAUGGUUACUGUCAGUUGACCCAUGACACGAGGGCGACCUUGUGGUGUCGAAAAGCUUUCAGCAUAGAGCAUUCCCUCCUAGAUCAAGGUGAAACGAUUCCAAGAACACCAAGGUCAAGUUCUCAAAAGAGCUCAGAUCCAGUCAACUUCACUAAGGCCUCUGCACCCUUGAGUCCCACAGACCGGGUGUCUGACUAUGCUGAAAUAGUUGAAGAGGAAGGAGAUUAUAGCACCCCUGAUGUUGCAGUUAUUCUGACCCAGUCAAUGUUGACUGGGCAAGUCAGUCUCUCAUCUGCCAAGCAAAAGUCCAAAAAUUAUGAAAUUUGUCGAGAAAACAUCAAGUUGAUUGAAAUUCUUGGUGAAGGACAAUUUGGAGAUGUUUAUAAAGGUGUAUUUUUUGAUAAGGAUUAUGAGGAGGUUCCAGUUGCUGUGAAGACUUGUAAAGAAGACAACGAAGAUACUAUGACAGAAAAAUUCCUUGAGGAAGCUUAUAUUAUGCGUCAGUUUGAUCAUCCCCAUAUUGUGAAGUUGAUUGGAAUCUGUUCAGAAACAUCACCAGUGUGGAUUGUUAUGGAGUUAGCUAAGCAUGGAGAGAUGAGGGCAUAUCUUCAAAACAACUCCCACAGGCUGGAUCUGACCACCCUAAUCAUGUAUGCCUAUCAGCUUAGCACAGCGCUCUCGUAUCUUGAGAGCAAAAAAUUUGUUCACAGAGAUAUUGCAGCACGAAAUGUUUUGGUGUCAGCCCACGACACAGUGAAAUUGGGAGACUUUGGCUUGUCUCGCUGGGUUGAAGAGCAGUGCUAUUACAAAGCUUCCAAAGGUAAACUGCCUAUAAAGUGGAUGGCCCCUGAAUCCAUUAACUUCAGAAGGUUCACCACAGCCAGUGAUGUAUGGAUGUUCGGUGUGUGUAUCUGGGAGAUCCUGAUGUAUGGUGUUAAGCCAUUCCAGGGGGUAAAGAAUAACGAUGUGAUAGGGAAGAUAGAGGCAGGAGAGAGGCUGCCCCUCCCACCUGGCUGUCCCCCAGGCCUCUACAAUCUCAUGUGUGCCUGCUGGUCCUAUGAACCCUCCAAGAGGCCAGCCUUUUCACAUCUUAAACAGACGCUACAGGAAUCUCUGUUAGAGGAGCGGUUGAGACAAGAGGAGGAAAUGAGACGUGAUAAUCGCAGGGUUCAAGCCAUUUCAUGGGUUUCUAAUGGCUCAGAGGAAGAACAAGCCCCUCCAAAGCCAACACGGCCCCCGUUUCCUGUGGCAACAGGCUCCACCCCUAAUCUCAGUAUAAACAACAGUAUGUCUGUACCUCAGCAACUCCAGUGGGGCAGCACUUCUAACUUACCACUUGGGCACAGUACACCUGUGACCAGCUUCGAAAACCCCAGCAAGUCGUUUAACAGCCAGGUAGAAGAGACUGCCCAUGAACCAGUCAAUACUGUUGCUCCAGGAGGACCCUCAAUCCACCAGAGUUAUUUCCCUUCUUCACUGGGUUACAGUAAGCUGCCUACAACAACAGCCGCUCAGCCGAGUGCGGCAGUCAGUGUCUCCUCAGGGGCACAGUCGUCAGGGUACCAGUCUGCAGGCUACACUGCUGGAGCAUACAUCGCUGAGCGUGAGAUGAUGGAGGGGCCUCCACCUGGACAGGUACCCUCUCCUCGCCACUCCCUUGUAAUCCCCAGCAUCGGCUCGCCCCGAAGACCCCUGAGUGUGCAUGAAAGAGAAGCCAUUGAUCACAUGACAAUGCAGCAGCAAAAGUACAUGGAUCAGAGAGAGCAGCAGCAACUCGAGGACCGCAUGAGACAGCAACAACGAGAAUCUGAGGAAGAUGCACGAUGGCUGCUCUCUGAGGAAAAGCAGUUGGUCCAGGAUGGUCAAAAGAAGAACUUGGUGAAAAAACUAUCAAGUAGUGUUCAGAAAAACAGUGCCAAAGAGAACACACCUCCACCGAGUGCUCCAGGUGGGCCCAGGUGUCAUCCAAGACUUACCAGUCAGAACUCCAGCAGCAGCACAGCUAGUAGUUCCAGUGAAGCCACAGAAAAUGGAGCAUCAGGAGAAAAAACUUAUGAGCCGAGUCCAACUGCGGACAUUGAAAGAACUGGUGAUAAGGUGUAUGAGUAUACUACGAAUGUGGUGCGGGCUGUGAUGGACAUGUCAAGAGGAGUCCAUAUGGCAAGAGCAGAAAAUUAUGUUGACCUUGUCAAGAAAGUCGGUUUGGAGUUAAGAGGCCUUCUGGGUAGUGUAGAUGAUGUGGUAACAAAGUUGCCAGGACAGCAAAGCAGUCAGAUUGAGAUGGCGCACAAAGUGCUGAGUAAAGACAUGGCCUCCCUAAUCCAGGCCAUGAAGCUGGCACAGCAGUACAGCACGACAACAUUGGAUACAGAGUACAGAAAGAGCAUGUUACAGGCUGCCCAUGUACUGGCCAUGGACUCUAAAAACUUACUGGAUGUUGUGGACACGGCGAGAGUCCAGGGGGGCUUAACCAAAAAAUCUGUGUUGAGGUGACCCUCCGCCUUAGGCAAAUCUAGCACAGUCUGUGAUUGGUCUGCAGUUGUCUGCCCUUGACCCGUGCCGGCCCACGAACACUGGACUGUGAAGUACACUGCUGAAUUGUUCUACUUAUGAUGUACCACAGAGAUGUGAAAGCAUGACAUGUUGACUUCCCUGAACUUUUCUUCCAGCCCGUCAGAAAGAUAAUUAUCAAGUUUGCAGGCCCGUGCUUUUUGAACUUAUUGUAUGAUACUACAUCAUGUGUUAAUUUUAUAGCAUAAAAAAAGCAAAAAUGACAUCUCUUAGCCCUUUAUAAUGAACUUUUGAAGACAGUAUGGGCUUGGAAAUGCUGUAUUAAGUUACAAAAUUAGAUGUUUCCAGGUUUUAUGCAGUAUGUCCUGUUCAGUGUUGUCUGACUGUGUUGAUCAUUGUGUCAGGGUGACAUUUCAUGAAGGAAUUCCUCAACAUAAGCACCUGUUCGAUCUCACCCUUCUGGUAUAGACAGCUGCAUAAAAUUAAAUUCAUCAUCAUUCACAGCCUUAAACAACAAUUCAAAACUUUAACUAACCGCAGUGCCCCCUUCCACACACACACACAC